AUGGAUGUAUGUCAGAUGAAAAUGUUCCCACCUGGGGAGAGUGACGAUACAGUGGUGCAUGUAAAGGUGCCUGGUCCAACUUUGACAUUCCAGAACAUUCACUACUGUGUUAGAGAAAACCGUGGACUUUUCCGCAAGAGAGGUCCGAAGAAAGAUAUCCUGAGAAAUGUCAGUGGCAUCAUGAGAACGGGACUGAAUGCAAUCAUGGGAGCGACAGGAAGUGGCAAAACAUCGCUGUUGGACGUGAUCGCUGGAAGAAAAGAUCCACGUGGUUUGCGUUCAGGUCAAGUUCUGGUGGACAACAUGGUCGUGACCUCUGAACUCCGGCUCACGUCUGCCUAUGUUGUACAGGAUGAUGUCCUGAUGGGCACUCUCACUGUACGAGAGAAUCUCUUAUUCUCUGGAAAUUUGCGGUUGCCAAGGCAACAGUAUUCUACUGCUGAUAAGAAAGAAAAAGUGGAGGGCAUCAUCCGAGAGCUUGGGCUGGAGGACUGCGCAAACACCAAGAUUGGUACAGAGUUUAUAAGGGGUGUAUCGGGAGGAGAAAGAAAGCGUUGUAGCAUUGGAAUGGAGCUCAUUACGUCUCCUAGUCUUCUGUUCCUGGAUGAGCCAACCACAGGCCUCGACUCCAAUACGGCCAACAGCAUCAUUUCUCUCUUGCACAGGUUGUCACGGGGUGGUAGAACUAUUAUUUUCUCCAUCCACCAGCCACGUUACUCCAUUUUUAGGCUUUUUGAUCAUCUGACACUGCUUCAUAAAGGCGAGAUGGUUUACGCUGGCCCUUCAAGCAAAGCCAUAGGCUACUUCCAGAGUCUGGGUUAUACAUGUGAAGCUUUCAACAAUCCUGCAGAUUUCUUUUUGGACAUAACAAACGGGGAAACAUCUUGUUCCAUGCCAACAGAGAAGUCUUUAGCUGAACUUUACAAAGAGUCUCAGUUCUGUAAUGCUGUCGCUGAGGAAUUGAAAUCCACCACUGGCCCUUUGGUUCCCUCAUUUGAAACCAACAGAAAGGCAUCAUCCUAUGUCACAUCCUUCUUCUACCAGUUGAAGGUGGUGGGAUGGAGGACCGCGCUGAAUAUUAUUAGGAAUCCCCAGACUUCGUAUGCUCAGUUGGGUAUGAACAUUGUCUUUGCUCUGCUGAUCGGCCUCAUCUACUACCAGAUGCCCAAAACUCUACCUGAAGCCCUACAGAACAGGAUUGGAGCUUUCUUUUUCCUCAUCAUCAAUAUGGUGUUUGGCAACCUGUCAGCAGUGGAGCUCUUCAUCAAUGAAAGAGCGAUCUUUGUACAUGAGAACUCUGGAGGAUAUUACCGUACAUCUGUGUAUUUCCUGUCCAAAGUGUUUGUGGAUUUGUUACCAAAUCGCAUCGUACCAGUUUUUGUCUUUGCUUGCAUUGCAUACUACAUGAUGGGGUUAAAGCCGGCAUUCACUGCGUUCCUCUGCUUCGCAUUGACAUUGUCUAUGGUUAGUCUGGCAGGGGUCAGUCUGGCUUUUCUGGUCAGUGCCAGCGUGAGCUCGUUCUCCAUCGCCAAUGUUCUCAUUGCCCUUCCUUUUAUCUUAAUGAUGGUUUUCGGUGGCUUCCUCGUGAACCUCAACUCCAUGCUCAACUGGUUGUCCUGGCUCAAGUGGGCCAGUAUCUUUAAAUACGGACUAGAUGCUGUGACUAUAAAUGAAAUGAAAGGUCAAGUCUUCUACAGCGGCAAUGCUACACUGACAGGAGAGAUGUAUCUGCGAUCUCAGGGAAUCGAUUACAGCGUGUGGGGCUUCUGGCAGAAUCAGGUGGCUCUGCUGGGCAUUAUACUCGUGUGUAUAACACUGGCAUACAUCCAGUUACGCAGAAUCAACCGCUGGAAGUAACAGACAGACACACAAACAAGCAUUCACAUUAUCUGUACUGUGUGUUGUUUUGUGCAUUAACUUUAUUUUAAUGGCAGGCUAUAUUUGUUACACAGUUGUCAAUGUAAAUUGUAAUGUUUUCAUUUAACCCUAAACUUUCACUGCUGUGGCCAUUAUAUUUUUUGAAAAUUUAAAGUCCCCGUGAACUGGAAGCUGCGAUCAUUCUUACUUACGUAUUCUGAAACCAGGGGCAUAGCCACAUGGUGGCCAUGGGUGGCCACGGCUACCCCUGAAUGAUGGAUGGCCACCUAUCUGGCCACCUCUGUUGUGCGAAGCAGUUUUAAGAUGUGUGUCGGAGUUUACGGAGUGCUGCACAGAUCAUUUAGCGUAUGCACUGAAAGUAACGUGAGAACAUUACUCUCACGUUAAUACGCAAACAGUCUGAGCGCUAUAGCUGAACAGCAGCUAACCGCUUCGUGACAGUGUACUGUACUGUCUGUGUACCAUGGAAGUUCAUCGCGAGCAGAAGGAUCAGGUCAGUAAAAUCCGACUUGUUUAACUGGAUUCCAUUCAUUAAUUACAUUUUCGCGAAAGUUUAAGUUGGGGUACUGCAAUGUUUAUUUUCUAUACGAAAUGCUAACUUACUGCAAAUGAUAGCUAGCAAAUUAUUUUAAAAUAAUGUUGGCACAUGAAAGCAUUGCAAAUCAAUUGUUUACUUUACGUUCUUUGUGUAUGUUUUGACCAGCAAACUAUGUGUAAUGAAGAAUUGGUGUAAAUUACAGUAGAAGUUUAAGAAUUUCUGUCUGUAAGGAUUUUUUGGUCACCCUAAUAAAAUCACUGGGUCUUACCUGGCCACCUCUAAAAAAAAGUUCUGGCUACGCCCCUGUCUGAAACGGAAUUUCAAAUGAAAAAUAGUGGGCGUGGCUUGUGUUUUAACUGCGAAUUUAUGGACCUCAGCAUUGUAAAUCCUCCAAUGUUUUUUAUAUUUUCUUUUUUUUAAUGUAUGGAAGUUUAUAACACUAUACUUUGCAUUAUGGUACAUUUGCAUCAAAUUACAAAAACAUAGUUAAUGCUAGCGCGAGGGGGUUUCUUAUACAGCAUCUAUAGUCACGGUAAAUUUGACAUAAUUUUCUCUUUUGACUGCAGUUAUCAGACUUUUUUUUCAUUUUGUACAAAGUAGUGAAAACACUAUUGUUGCGUUUUCCUUUUGCUGUUUGAGCCAAUGAGAAUACAAAAAAUAUAAUUGUGGUAGACUCCCAUUCACCGCUAUAGAAGUUUACCCAACUACGGUGACUUCCAAUACUGAGAAACCUGGAAAUAGGUCCAUUGGAUGUAUAAAAACAAGAGUUGGAUUUUGAUAUGGAACUGGCAGCAGACUGACAGUUGAAGAGGAGGAGUUAACAGAUGCUCCGCCCAAGCUGUCUAAUUUACGUCAUUUGAGAUGGAUAUCCACUAGAGGGCGGAUGUGAAUUUUUAGAUCUUAAUUGAAGAUUAUGAGGGCACAUGGAUUUUAAAAAGAGAAUGACCCACAUUGUGCAAUAUUUCAUAACAAAAUAGAAUUUUAAAGAUUAGAAUUUAGAACUUUAAAUACUUUUAACUUUUAAAACCUUUGAGCUAACUGUUUAAAACUAAACAUACACUGAAAAAGACAUUAGAAAACUAGCACUUGUGCAAUUAGUCUUUGGUUCUAGACCUAAUGAGAAACAAAUAUUCCCCAUGUUAUAACUAUCAGUAUAAUCAUGUUUUUGCUUAACUCUUCAUGAGCAUGCAAUACUUUUAUUCCACAAACAAAAUAGUAUAAUGCUUGAUAAUAUAU